CAGGAGGCCUGUGGCACUUCUUACCUGGGCUGUGUUUGUUUGUCACUGCCUACAAACAACAAAAGCAGUCGCAACAGAAGCUUGAGAAAAUGGAUAAUUGUGAUUUGGAGAAGCUUUGUAUCUCCAGUGGGACUCUGCAGCCGGUUUUUAAUCCAGCAGUCACAGAGUAUAAAAUGACCGUGGAGAGUAGCAUUAGCAUGGUGACAGUAGAUGUGCUGACCAGUGACUCUGCAGCUUCAUACACUGUUCGCAGCGGAGACGGAUCCUCCACCCUUAAAGUGACUGAAGGCUUAAAUAAAAUAGAAAUCGAGGUGGUAGCUGAGGAUGGAACCUUAAAGACGUACUCUGUGGACAUAACCAAACUGUCUGCAAAGUCUGCUCAGCUCGCUAAUCUGACUUUAGAGGGAGAUAUUCCACUUCAGCCAGUAUUUUCUCCUCAAAUAUAUGAAUACACAAGUGAUGUUGCUUUUCAUUGCACUGAUGUGACUCUGCUGCCAAAGGUGCCAGACAAAAAUAUGAAGCUUUCAAUAAAUGGGGGCGACGCUUCACAACCUGUUACGCUGAAUGUUGGUGACACAGUGGUGGAAAUACUGGUGACUUCAGCAGAUGAGAGCAAUUCACAGAUGUACACCAUGGUGGUGACUCGAGGGCUAAUUCCUAUGGCUGUGACCUUCACUGAUAGGAAAAAGCAGCUGGAAUAUGAAUGUCCAGUGUCUCUGGCAGCCUUUUAUAGGCCUGUGUCAAUCAACCAUAGUAUGCCAAAGCACAUCUUCUCAAGGCCUUACGUCGAGAUGCUGGCCAGAAGAUCAAAGGUCGACCCACUUAGCGAUCGUCCUCUGAGAAAUAGCUGGAGGGUUGCUGAACUGUACCUCGACAAGAAGAUGUCCUCUGAGCUCAUCAAGUGCUACUUCACUUACAGAGGAUGUGAUGGUGUGAUGAAGCUGUGUGAGCUGGGGUCACACUAUCUGGAUUGUCGACACAAACCCAAAGGGCAGCUGGUCGUAAAGGACGUCACAGAAACAAGUUGGUACAAAGAGCACGUUGCAUCGUCCAACUACACAGAGAUAAAGACUAAACACAUUUUGGAGGUGCGUAAGUGGGAGAACAGACUACAAAAGAUGUCAGUAGUGGAUGAUGUGGAAAAGUUGUAUUCUCUGGCCCAGGAACAACUGCACGAGUACAGACGGCGCCUUCCAAAACCAGGGGAUGUAUUGCAGUAUGAGGCUGAUGAGUUGGCUCUGCACAGCCUGGAAGAGGCGGCUGUUUACUGUGCUUCCGCCAUCAAGAUCAGCUCCAAAGAUGCUAGACUUCACUUUCUGUUGGGAGUCAUUUUUGAAGAACAGUACAAAGCUACAGAGAUGUACAACCUCAGAAAAAAGGCUGACAGAGACAGUGACGAGUUUAGUGAUGCCAAGCGUGCAUCACGUCAGGACGAAAUCCUGGCAGUGUGUAAGCGCCAUGGAUUCCAGUGUGCACCCGCUGUGGAGAAUCAGCUCCAGGCUUUGGAUAAAGAGUAUCAUAAGCUCAAAGUCCAGGGCCUGUCCAGCAAAGCAGAUUAUGUUCAGAUGCUCUACAUUUGGCUCUCCAAGAAAAUCAGCAAGGACAGCAGUGUGACUGUGCAGGAUGAGGAGAGCUGCAUCCACUGGGCGCUGAUGAAGUACCUGGAUGCCUCCUCUCUGCGUCCAGACAGCUGGGAGUACAACCUCCACGUGGGAAGGCUGCUGCUGCUCCAGGGGAGGCGCAGUGAAGCUCUGCAGCACCUCCAGAAGGGCCUGGCACUGCGCCCGCUUCAUCCUGCACUCAGAUUCUUCACAGGCCUAGCUCUGCUGCAGCAGGAGCACAGAGCCUCUGAUGACACGGAGAAGGAGGCCGCUCUGUUCUUACAUCAGGGACUGGAGCACUUCAUCAGCCAGCGCUGCAGCAGGAGCUGGGUGGAGCCGGAUCAAUCAGACCCUCUGUGCAGCCAAAGCACACAGUUCCUGCGAGGUCUUCUCACUCUGGCCGAGCUCCAGCAGAGAGACGUGCUGUCAGAGAAGGCCAUGAGUGCCGAGCAGAUCUACCACACCGUGGCUGUGCUGACUGCUCAGAGUGUGAGUCAGUGCUCCUGUCAUGGAGAGGUCAGCAGGCAGCUGGAGUGGGUGCUGCUGGACGCUCACUUCGCUCUGCUGCAGAGGCUGAUCCGACCGGGCGGGUGCCAGUCCAAGACCAGCGUGGAGAACCAGUCCCUGGUGGCAAAGAGAUGCCAGGCCCUCACUGCUCUCAUACGCCUCAGCUCUAUCGCCCCCUGUCAGGAGCUGCUGGACAUGCAGGAAAAGACGUGCCAGGUGGCAGUAAUGACUAUGCCUCGGGACAGCCACGCCCUGUGUCUCCUCGGUUUGGCACAGCUGGCUCAAUAUGACAACAACCCGGAGUCAGACAGCUUAACAGCCGCUCUGCUUGAUUCCCGCCUCAGCUUCCAGGCCAGCAUUGAGCUGGAAGGACAAACUCGGUGUGGCGUGCCACCUCAACAGCUAAGCAAACAAAAGUGGUGGCAGGAUUGGCUCCAGGCUGAAAAUGUUUCUCACCAGUCCACCAGCACGGCCUCGAAAAGUAAGGGCACGUCUGAAAGAAGAGGUGCUAAGCAGAGCCAGGGAGGGUCUGGUCAAGGGCGGGCAGCACCGAAUACAACCAGAGCCUCUGCACCCAGCAGAGGGGGGAAAACUCAGCGACCUCCAGCCAAAACCCCGGCAGUCAGGGGGCGACCUGGAGCAGCAGCUAAACCUUGCAACAGUGGUACAAAAGCCUCUCUGCUUCACCACAGCAGCUCCAAACAAGACCCUGGUCCCCAUAGAGUCCAGAGUGCUGCCGAGGACUCCGACGAAGCUGCUGCUGCUUCAAACAGCAUCAGUGUGUCUGGUGUGGUGAACCGAAGGUCUCACGUCUCACGGCUGGGUCUGGCACGUGCCCUUUCUCGCUCUGCAGACACCCGCGACCAAGCAAAACAGCUCUAUCGUGAGGUCAUCUCCAUGGCACCAGAGGUCCACGAUGCUUACAUUGAACUCGUGCAGCUGCUGGAGCCGUCGGACCCUCUGGCUGCUGUGGACGUGUACUGCAGCUUCCCUCUGAAAGCCGUGGCUGAGCAAAGCGUGGAUGAUGCCUUCAUUACAGGCGAGAUCGCCCGCAUGCUGAUGGUGCUGGAGCUGUACGACCACCCCCAGCUGGGCCCCAGCCUCGCUGCACAUGGCAAAGUCAUGGGCCUCAGUUGCAUAGAGAAGUACAUCGAUAUUUUAGAGGGGAAGUCCAUGACCCAGCUGCUGAAGAGUAUCUACACCACGAUCAAUGACAGGCCAGAGGACGACCAGGAACUGCAGGAGUUCUUCAAGUUCAAAUGCUGGAUCUGACAGUUACAACCGACCCAAAACAGACGGCUACAUUUCUGUUAUCCAGCAUCUGACUUCAACAGGUCACAAAAUGAUUUAUGUCUGAAUGCUGACAUGUAGAUCAAGUUUCUUAAAAAUAAAUAAGUAAAAUAAAGUUGUCCUCUUGGAACAGAUCUCGUGAUCCAAACUCUUUUAAUAUGAAAAAUUCUCGAGAAACACAUACUUUAAGAAAAAGCAUAACUACAUCAUGCAACAAAACAUGAUGUUAAAUCCACAUUCAGUGUAAUCCCGAACAAGAUAGACACUAAAUUAAACUGUGAUCAUGACCACAUUUAAACAGGAAGAUUUCAGUUUAUGACUUUAAAGUUUUCCAGUUGGACAGACAUCCACAUACUUGACAUCUUGACAGAUUGCCAUUCUCCUCAGACUGGAACUGAAGCAGCAGCACUUCCAGACAUCCUGUUGCAUUUUUCUUUAGCCCUGGAAAUCUACAGGCUCCAGGGGUGGACACUGAGGCCUGAGGAUGGACAGCUGGGACAUGGCAUGGUCCAAAUGUGUUGAUGCCUACUUUUAACAGUAAAUUCUGAUUUUAUGGGUGGGGACAUUUAUAUUAUAGUUUAAAUUAGACUAUUAAAAUGUUUUUACUGCUGACAGACAACAAAACAGCAAUAAAAGAUCAAAAUGUUCCAAAAGGAGCUCUAAAGACUCUCUCUGUCUUCUGAAAUGCAGGUAAAAAGCUCUUCCUUUCAACAUGUAGCACCAAAGUUGAAAAGGAGUCAUGGCAUGAAUAUUAGGCACCUGAUGGUUUUCAGCUGAAUCUUCACUGUUGCUGUUGUUGAUGCACGUGGUCGGCCUCAGCAUCCAAUGAACAGACAGAAUUACACUAACCACACCCCCUCAAGGAACCUUGUAUCCACAAACAAGGCAACUGCAACAUCCUUCAUAAAGACCAAUGAGAUCGACGGGAGGAAGGAGGAGACAUCAAAGAGAUGGAAUAAAA